UUGUUGUUUGUCUUCUCUUUCUCUGGACCGUCAGCUAUGUCCAAGCGCGGUGGACUUGGUGAAGUUCUUGACGAGGAUAGGCAGAAGCCCUUGAAAAUUUCAAAACCUUCUUUAGACAGUGAUGAGGAGGACUACCAAGAAAGCGAAUGCUUCCGGUUAAGGGAGGCUGAUAUUGACGGACAAGAAAACGCGACGCUGGAAUACGACGAUGGCAUAAAAAUCACUCCUUUUAACAUGCGGGAGGAACUCGAAGAAGAUGGGUAUUUUGAUGGGAACGGGAAUUUCGUAUUCAAAAAAUCUGUUGAUGCCAGAGACAACUGGUUGGAAGAUAUUGAUUGGGCAGAAGUAAAUAGAAAUCAGACGACGAAAAAAAUGACAGACACAUCCAUAAGUGAUGAUCCUCCUACGGUACCUGUAGUCAAUGAACGGAAAACGGAAAUGUAUCAAGAACUACUUCGUUUUCUCCUACCAAAGGAAACAGUGCUGCGCAGCAUUAAACGAAUGGGUGCACAGUCCAAUUCAGCAAAUUCAUCUUCAGCCAGUCAAAGAUGGCUGAAGAAGAAACAGAAGACCACAACCCAAGAGAACCCAGUCACCGAAUUGGCCGACCAGCUCCUCCAGGCCGGUGAGUUCGACGUCUACCAGCUAUCUCGUGAAUCCAUCGAGCGAAUAGUCAACAAAGCCAGUGAAACGGGCAUGGACGACGAACUGGAGGCUUUGGGACAAGCCUUCGAUAAGAGUACCGAAGAUUAUAAUAAACCUGCUUCAACCGACAAUUCAACCAGGGAUAACCCUGAGAAUGGAAGCCAGCCUGAAGAUUCCGAAGUUACUUGGCAUCUGAAGUACUCCGAUUCCUUAGACUCCCCACCAGAAGGCCCCUAUACUACCAAGCAGCUUCGAGCCUGGGUGGAAGCCGGCAAAUAUAAGGACAAACCUAUUGUCCUAGUGCGCCAGGCCAAUAAGCCGGACGGACAGUUUUACAAUAUUCGUCGAAUCGACUUUGAUCUCUACGAAUGACGCUUGUUUGUAUAUUUCAUCUUG